UCUUCAAAAAUGUCAGCUGUUACAGUGCUGGAGGAGGAACUGGUUUCCAUUGAAAAUGAGCUGCAGGCAGUGGAGAUACAGAUUCAGGAGCUUCUGGACAAGCAGCAGGAGCUCAUCCAUAAGAAGACGGUGCUGAAGAGGCUGAUAAAGCAGUCCUCAGAAGACUCAGAGGCUGGGGGAAGUGAAGGCACUGAAAACUCAGCUGAGACCUGGAACAAAAAAGAUUUUCCCUGGUAUGAGAAGAUCAAAACAGCACUGCAGAGCACGUUUAACCUCCACAAGUUUAGGUCACUGCAACUUGAAACAGUAAAUGCUGCAAUGGCAGGAAAGGAUAUAUUUCUUGUCAUGCCUACAGGUGGUGGAAAGAGUCUUUGCUAUCAGUUACCUGCUGUCUGUUCUGAUGGUUUCACUCUUGUGAUAUGUCCUUUGAUAUCGCUUAUGGAGGAUCAACUCAUGGUUUUGGAGCAACUUGGAAUUUCUGCAACUUUAUUAAAUGCCUCAAGCAGUAAGGAACAUGUGAAGUGGGUUCAUGCUGAAAUGCUGAAAAAAAAUUCGCAACUGAAGCUCAUUUAUGUGACCCCGGAGAAGAUUGCAAAAAGCAAAAUGUUCAUGUCAAAGCUAGAGAAAGCUUAUCAAGCAGGAUGCCUCGCUCGUGUCGCUGUAGAUGAGGUCCACUGCUGUAGUCAGUGGGGCCAUGACUUCAGGCCUGACUACAAGUCUCUUGGUAUUUUGAAACGACAGUUUCCCAACACUCCAUUGAUUGGGUUGACUGCAACUGCUACAAAUCAUGUUUUAAAGGAUGCCCAGAAAAUUCUCUGUGUUAAGAAAUGCAUAACCUUUACUGCAUCUUUCAACCGGCCCAAUCUUUACUAUGAGGUUCGACAUAAACCAUCAAAUAACGAGGACUUCAUUGAGGACAUUGUUAAGCUCAUCAAUGGAAGGUACAAAGGACUCUCAGGAAUUGUUUACUGUUUUUCUCAGAAGGACUCAGAGCAAGUUACUGUGAGUUUGCAGAAACUGGGAAUCAAAGCAGGGACUUACCAUGCAAAUAUGGAUGCGAAAUAUAAGACCAGAGUUCAUAAAGGAUGGGCGACAAAUGAAAUCCAGGUUGUAGUGGCAACUGUUGCUUUUGGCAUGGGAAUUGAUAAACCGGAUGUGAGAUUUGUAAUACAUCAUACUAUGAGCAAAUCUAUGGAGAACUACUACCAAGAGAGUGGACGUGCAGGUAGAGAUGACCAAAAAGCUGACUGCAUUUUAUAUUAUGGUUUUGGAGAUAUAUUCAGAAUCAGCUCAAUGGUAGUGAUGGAAAAUGUAGGGCAAGAGAAACUAUAUGAUAUGGUGUCUUACUGCCAGAACAUGAACAAGUGUCGCCGGGUCCUCAUAGCCCAUCAUUUUGAUGAAGUGUGGGAUUCUGCAAACUGCAACAGAAUGUGUGAUAAUUGCCGUAGAGAAAACUCCUUUCAGGAAAUGGAUAUAACAGGAUACUGCCGGGACCUCAUCAAGAUCCUUGAGCAAGCCGACAACAUGAGUGAGAAACUCACCCCGCUGAAAUUAGUUGAUGCGUGGGUGGGGAAAGGGGCCUCGAAGCUGAGGGUGGCUGAAGUUACCCCACCAAAACACCCUCGAGAGGAGCUGGAGAGAAUCAUUGCCCAUCUACUGCUGCAGCAGUACCUGAAGGAAGACUUCAGCUUCACGGCAUUUGCUACAAUAUCCUACCUGAAGAAAGGACCAAAGGCUGAUCUGCUAAAAAACAAGGCACAUAUCAUCACAGUACAAUGGACAACAAACGAUAAGAGCAUUUACAGGAACAAACCAUCUCAAUCUGCAAAUUUGCAAGGAAGUGGAGGAAACACUCAGAAUAUUUCAAAGAGUAUCCAAGAUUCAGCAGUGAAGAAGUCACAAGAACAUAAGCGGCGCAACUGUGGAACCAACUCAAAAGCAAAGAAGAUUAAGCUUGAGGCAGGUGGAAAUGGAAAACCAAUAGUUCUUGACUGAGUCUUAGAGGCUACAUCUAGGACUAAUGAUGUUUGCUUCUCUGUGACAAUUGUAAGUCCAGCUCGUAUUUUAGUAGUAGUAUU